CAUGUAAUGGGAUGCCGAUAAGUCUAUGAUUUUAGCCCACGGUGUGUCCAAGCUGUGUUGGUUUAGCGGUAAUGAAGACGAAAACUGAUAUUGGCGGAACGUAGGAUUGAUGGCCAUGAGAUGUUAAUGUUGCUUAUGGACACGGCAGGACAGGAAGACUACGACACUCUUCUUCCGAUGUUCUACUCAGGUGCCGAUAUCGUCAUAAUUUGCUAUCCCUACAACUCCACAGCCGGAAGGGAAGAGGUCUAUAGUAGAUGGGUGCCUGAGGCCAAAAAAAAGGGGAUACCAUUCAUGCUUGUGGGAAUAGAAAACAAUGGAGACCGUGGUGAGGGAUAUGAUGCAAUGAAGCUCCGCAUUUCAUUCAGCGCGUUGGGGUCGACCCUCGCUAAAAGAGUCGGCGCGCAAUCCUACGUCCAAUGUGACCUGCAGCAAAUAAAGGAGGUCAACAAGCUCUUUGAGAAUGUGAUUAUGCUACAAACUACACACCCAGCAGGGUCUUUGCUAAUUAGUUUCCUUGAGGUAGACAUGCAGAUACAUGUUAGAUUCGCAUGUAAACCGUACGAGAGAUAGGACUUUAGGAUUUCCGUGGCGACGGAAGCUUGCCCCCAUUGAGCAACUUAAGACUUCGAAUUAAACAUGGUGACAGUUAAUUGAUCCCGUUGAGGAAGUCAAGACUUCGGAAACUCAGGUUGUGUGAAUCUGGACAAAAAGAUAUCCCCAUCCGAGAAUCCCAGAAAAAAUAUAAAAGGAAUGCCCAUUCCGCGAUUCGAUCCCA